AUGGGGGAGCAGAAGUCCUGGCCGUCCGCACGGAAACAGGCCCGGGAGGCCCGCGGGCGGCCCCGGGCGGCGGCGGCGGGAGGAUUCGCGGCGGCGCCGCCCGAGGCCGCCCGGGAGCGCGCGCGGCGGGGCGGGCGGCGCGCGAGAAACGACGGCGGCGGGCGGCGGGGCCGGGGACGCGCCGCGGGCCGCCGCCGCCGAGCAGCCCUCCGGCGGCCGUGCGCCCGGCCCUCUGCGCGUUCUCCGCCGGCCGCGCGCGGGUCGGUCCGGGCGGCCGAGCCCAUGCAGCCGCGCAGCGAGCGCCCGGCGGGCAGGACGCAGAGCCCGGAGCACGGCAGCCCGGGGCCAGGGCCCGAGGCGGCGCCGCCGCCCGCCCCGCCGCAGCCCACGGCCCCUGAGGCGGAGCGAGCGCGGCCCCGGCAGCCGCGGCCGGCCCCCAUGGAGGGCGCCAUGCAGCUGCUGAGCCGCGAGGGCCACACCGUCGCCCACAACUCCAAGCGCCACUACCACGACGCCUUCGUGGCCAUGAGUCGCAUGCGGCAGCGCGGCCUCCUCUGUGACAUCGUCCUGCAUGUGGCCGCCAAGGAGAUCCGGGCGCACAAGGUGGUGCUGGCCUCCUGCAGCCCCUACUUCCACGCCAUGUUCACGAGUGAGAUGAGCGAGAGCCGCCAGACGCACGUGACCCUGCACGACAUCGACCCUCAGGCUCUAGACCAGCUGGUGCAGUUCGCGUACACGGCCGAGAUCGUGGUGGGCGAAGGCAACGUGCAGACCCUGCUCCCGGCCGCCAGCCUGCUGCAGCUGAACGGCGUGCGGGACGCCUGCUGCAAGUUCCUGCUGAGCCAGCUCGACCCCUCCAACUGCCUGGGCAUCCGGGGCUUCGCAGACACGCACUCCUGCAGCGACCUGCUCAAGGCCGCGCACAGGUACGUGCUGCAGCACUUCGUGGACGUGGCCAAGACGGAGGAGUUCAUGCUGCUGCCGCUGAAGCAGGUGCUGGAGCUGGUCUCUAGCGACAGCCUGAACGUGCCGUCUGAGGAGGACGUCUACCGGGCCGUUCUCAGCUGGGUCAAGCACGACGUGGAUGCCCGGAGGCAGCACGUCCCGCGGCUGAUGAAGUGUGUGCGGCUGCCCCUGCUGAGUCGGGACUUCCUGCUGGGCCAUGUGGACGCCGAGGGCUUGGUGCGGCACCACCCGGACUGUAAGGACCUGCUCAUCGAGGCCCUCAAGUUCCACCUGCUGCCUGAGCAGAGGGGCGUCCUGGGCACCAGCCGUACCCGGCCCCGGCGCUGCGAGGGCGCUGGCCUGCUCUUCGCCGUGGGCGGCGGCAGCCUCUUCGCCAUUCAUGGGGACUGCGAAGCGUAUGACACACGCACUGACCGCUGGCACGUGGUGGCCUCCAUGUCCACACGCAGGGCCCGGGUGGGCGUGGCGGCCGUCGGGAACCGGCUCUAUGCGGUAGGCGGCUACGACGGGACCUCGGACCUGGCCACCGUGGAGUCUUACGACCCUGUGACCAACACCUGGCAGCUCGAGGUGUCCAUGGGCACCAGGCGCAGCUGCCUGGGUGUAGUCGCCCUGCAUGGGCUCCUGUACGCGGCCGGUGGCUACGACGGGGCCUCCUGCCUCAACAGUGCUGAGCGCUACGACCCCCUGACGGGCACUUGGACGUCCAUCGCUGCCAUGAGCACCCGGAGGAGAUACGUGCGCGUGGCCAUGCUCGAUGGGAACCUGUAUGCUGUGGGCGGCUACGACAGCUCCUCACAUCUGGCCACAGUGGAGAAGUACGAGCCCCAGGUGAAUGCGUGGACGCCCGUGGCCUCCAUGCUGAGCCGGCGCAGCUCGGCGGGCGUGGCCGUGCUGGAGGGUGCGCUCUACGUCGCGGGGGGCAAUGACGGCACCAGCUGCCUCAACUCCGUGGAGAGAUACAGCCCCAAGGCAGGGGCCUGGGAGAGUGUGGCCCCAAUGAACAUCCGGAGGAGCACGCACGACCUGGUGGCCAUGGACGGCUGGCUGUAUGCUGUGGGGGGCAACGACGGCAGCUCCAGCCUCAACUCCAUCGAGAAAUACAACCCGAGGACCAACAAGUGGGUGGCCGCGUCCUGCAUGUUCACGCGGCGCAGCAGCGUUGGCGUGGCGGUGCUCGAGCUGCUCAACUUCCCGCCGCCCUCCUCGCCCACCCUGUCCGUGUCGUCUACCAGCCUCUGACCCAGAGGACUGCCCGAGCCUGGCCCCCGGCCUCCCACUUGCCUUAAGCCUGGGGCUGCCCCGCGGACCUCCCGUCCCGUCUGUCCGUCUCCGUGCGCGUGCCUAGGCCCUCUUCUGUGUGCGUGUCGCGUAUUUAUUUACUCAUCUGUCCACAGCGGGUGGGGAGGCUGCAGCUUCCGUCUACUUGUUUACUCUCCAAGUGUCCUGGGGUCGGGGACCGCCCGCUGGGGGCACCCACCCAGCGCGCCCCAGGCUCUGUGGACCUGGAGUGGCCAGGUGCCAGAGCAGGCCAGCAGGCGCGCUUUCCGAGCAGGUGCGAGCCCGGCCGCGCUUUGCACACCCCCUCACUGGCCAGGCACAGCCCGGGGCCAGACUGAUGGGGGCUUCCUUCCUGGCGCCUGCGGUCUCUCGUGGGUCCUGGGCCGAAGCGGUUGCACGCGCGUGCCCAGAUCUCACGCAGCAAUAUGAGCCACUGGAACAAUAAACACGUUUCUCGGGCUGCAGGGACUGAGGCUGCGUGUCCGUCUCCAACCCUUGGGGUGGGAGAGGGGGCCAUGCAACCUGGCCGAGGGCUUGGCCUUGCUGGCCAGUGGGGCAGGGUGGGGCAGGGCCCUUGUCUCCCACUGGCUGGGGGGCCCCUCCAUGUUCUGGCUCUGCCUCGGAGCCCAGCCUAGGCCCGGGGUGAGAUGGCCCAGGCAGGAGAGGGGCUGGGGAAGGGCCCUGGCUUCCUCUCCCCCAGCCCGCCGGCCCAGGCCCCGCGCACACCCUGCCAGUCACUGGUGACUCACAGCAGCAAGCACAGAACAGGAGGUGACCCAGGUGGGCUGGAAGGGGGUCUCCUGGCUCAGGCUCCAGCUCCAGGCAGGCCAGCUCACCGACCAGGCUCCCGAGGGCCCUUGUGUAUGUAAAGGCUGAGAUGGGGGAGCCUCUGCCCCGCCCUCACCGCCCCAACUUUGCCUGCCAGGGUGGGGGCUGGCGGCAGCAACUGGCCUCAGGUGUGGC